AUGCCUGGAAGAAAAUCUGUCAUUGCCUCUAGCUCCUCCCAUUCGACGGUGGAAGCAGCUACCAUUCGCUAUGACAAGAACAAGGCUAAGGGCAACAACACGACGCCUGUGGUCAGUUUUCAGUUGGAUGACGUCACCACGGUGCCCAAACAUCUCAAGUUCUUCGUCGUUGUGGAUUACAAAUACCACCCAUACAAGGUCUAUGGAAAAAGCGAGAUUUUACCACUGAUUCCCACUUUCUCGAACUGGCCGGAGGUACACAGCGCCAUGUAUCAGGUUACGAGGCUAUACAUGGACUAUUGGCAGAACCGAAAUGGCACCGAGGCAACUAUGAAACAACUCGUCUUGACCAGAAUGCCGAGCAAACCCAAACAUGAUUUGAAUAGAACUGGCGAAAGUACCGUGAGAUUCAUGCAAUCUCUGUUGGCAUUGUGGUACAUGCCUCUGUUUUGUUUUGCCACAAUAACGCUGGUGGAGGAACGCGAGAGGAAGAUUAAGGAGUCCAUGAAACUGAUGGGGUUGGGCGAGUCGAUCUACUGGAUGUCCUGGUUCGCCAUGAACUUCAUCUACGGCCUCUUCAUGAGCCUGCUCGCCUUUUUUGUCGUCUACGGGAACUACUCCGACUCCGGGCCGCUGUUCCAGUCUUCGUCCGGUCUGUUUGUUAUUUUUGAGCUGUGGGCAGUCACCAACACGAUAACAGCGGCGUUUCUUAUGUCAACGUUUUUCAAGAACGGUCGUCUAGCAGGCGUCCUUGCUGUGGUGUACGGCUUCUUUGUGGCGCCAAUGGUCGCAGACAUCAUCCUCUUGCUAGACUUUGUCCAGAGUUUGGUGUUCCCGUUCGGCAUCGUCGUGUUCGGGUUCGGAUUAAAAAUGGCGAUCAACGUUUUGGCAGACCUCGAAGAAUCAGAUAGACCGAUAUAUUUUUCAACCAUUGAUGUCAAUGAAAACGAUCCAAACAGGACCUUUCUGGAUGCUCUAAAUUUGAUGAUGUUCAACACUGUGUUUAAUGUCUUUUGUGUCUGGUACAUCAGCAACGUUUUCCCUGGAGAAUAUGGCAUUGCCAAACCGUUGAAUUUUCUCUUUACUCGGAGCUACUGGGUCCCCACAGGCGUAGAUGAAGGGCAGAUUCCAACUAUUCCCCCGCAGGACGAAAACUAUUUUGAGAAACCGGAGGGCGAUUUAAAAUCUGGGAUCCAAGUCCGAAAUUUAAUCAAAAUGUUUGGUCAAGAGGUCGCCGUUGCUGGGUUAAGCAUGGACGUUUACGAAGGGCAGAUAACCGUGUUGCUAGGACACAACGGGGCAGGGAAGACAACUACAAUCAACAUGAUCACAGGUUUCCUGCCCCCCACCAGUGGAACCAUCAUGGUGGAAGGUCUGGACAUGCGCAAGAACACGAAAGCAGCAAGAACGGCCAUUGGUCUGUGCCCGCAACAGGAUAUCCUGUUUCCUAAGCUAACAUGCGCAGAACACAUGAUCUUUUUCUUGAAGAUUAAGGGCCUGUACAAUGAAGAAAAUGUAUCCGAAAGCCUUAAGCGUCUUGAUGCUAUUGGUCUGGGGGGCGAGAAGAUGAAAUGCUUGGCGUCGAAACUGUCCGAUGGUCAAAAGCGGAAGUUGUCACUAGCCUGUGCCUUCAGCGGUAACACAAAGGUCCUAUUUCUGGACGAGCCGUCGACCGGCCUUGACCCCGCCGCCAGACAGGAAAUGUGGGCUUUCCUAAAGACAAUGAGAGAAGGUCGAACCAUCCUUUUAACGACCCAUUACAUGGACGAGGCAGAUGUACUGGGCGACAGAAUCGCCAUCAUGGCGGAGGGGAGGGUUAAAUGCUGCGGCACAUCUAUGUUUUUAAAGAGGGUGUACGGUACGGGAUACAAGCUGAAGAUUGUGAAGCGGCCAAAGUGCUUGGCAGCUAAGGUGACUCAACAGAUCCUCAAACUAAUUCCCCAAGCCCAGUAUAUAAGUGAAACCAACUCAGAGAUCGACUACCUACUGCCAGAGAACAUGACAGAAAUGUACCCACGUUUGCUGACGGUUCUAGAAGACGACGCGGAGAAGCUGGCGAUCAACGGAUUUGGGCUAACAGCCACCUCGAUGGAGGAUGUCUUUGUAAAAGUUGGAGAAAGCAGAUUAUCUGAAGGUUUAAUUCAAGUAGAUAAUACAGAUGGCAAGUCUUCAGUUGUUGGAGACGGCAGAUCACCCGGGGAUAUAGCUGAGGUUAAUACUACGGAUGGCAGGUCUACAGUUGUUAUCGAAAUGACCGAUUCAGGACAGAAUGAAAGCUUUGAAUCCUCGGCUGUGGACCCACCUAAAGUAACGCAACCACAACCAACAGGUACUAGCGUGCAGCCGGUCGAUGCGUGUUCAGAUCCAUAUGCAGAUAAAAUCUUCAGAACUUUUAACGAAUGCAAGAGUACCACGAGAUGGACUAUCUUUAUUCAGCAACUAGCCGGCAUCGUUGUUAAAAAGUUCAUAUUGUUCCGAAGAAACGUCGUGUCCUCCUCGAUUCUAAUUCUACUGCCCGUUUUCUUCGUCGCCUUUGGUCUGUACUCGGACAUGCAGACGACGUGGGGGGCGCUCAAGCCCAUGACGUACCACCCGGAGCGUCUGCCCAACCUGAUCACGCCCUUCUUUACGUCCCCCAACACCCCCAAAGAUCUCUUGGACACGUACAAAAAACUGCUUCCAAAUUCUGAAUUUAUUGAACCAGAAUAUACAAACCCUCUAAUUUACGUUCGCGACUGGGCUGACGCCAACAGCCAAAAACAAUUUGACAAAAUGGCCUUUGGGGUGCAUAUAAAAGACGAGACGCUGACGGAGGUUUUGUACAAUGAGAGGCUCACACACAACCCAGGACUAGUGCUACAACUGAUGCUGAACGCUGAGGUACAGCACGCUCUGGGCGAGGACCACACGGUACAGCUAGGGCUCCAGUAUUUCGCUAAAGAGGACAUAGCCAAUCAUGUGAUCAGCACCUUGUAUGGCGUCCUCUUUGCCAUGGCGCUCCUGCCCGUCUUUUUUAUUUACGGUCUAAUAGUUGAACGUGCGACUGGCGCCAAACAUCUCCAAACGUUGAGCGGGGUCCACCCAGUCGCCUACUGGCUCGGCACGUUUGUAUGUGACUUCUUGGUGUUUUUAGCCAUAACCAUCAUCCUUCUGUGCAUGCUGACGUACAACUCCAAGGCUUUCACCGACAACAGCCGCUGGGUGGUUCUGCUGUUUGGGUUCCUAGCGUUUGGUAUCGCAUCGUUUCCUUAUCUCUACCUACUCCAGAACAUCUUCUCCACCCCGUCUAGAGGAAUCGUCGUCCUUCUUGUCGUCAACAUCAACAUUGGUAUUAUCGUCAGUUUAGUGAUCACCAUUUUCAAGUUUACGGGAGAGAAACUUGACAGUACCGUUUCUCAUCUGGACCGACUGUUUGCCUACCUGUCCCCAAACUACUCGCUGUCUGGCAUUUUACUGAUGGUGUCUGUCAACACACAAGCUGAUGAAGAUUUCUGGAAAGUUACUCGGGCAAGCAGCAGUGUCGUGGGUAGUCCUUAUGUUGAUCGAGUUCAAAGUUCACAGAUUGAUUUGGAACUUGCCUGCGGCCAGAAAUCACCAGACGACUCGAAGAGUGUUGAAGAGGAUGCUGACGUCAUCAAUGAGCACAAGCGGGUUCACGAGACUAGGAAGGAAGAUCUUUUGACAAGCGACGCUCUGCUUCUGAUCGACCUGAAGAAAGUCUACUGCAACUGCUGUACGACCCAGACGGCGGUCCAGCCCUUAAGCUUUGGGGUGCCAGACAAGGAGUGUCUAGGGCUGCUGGGACAGAAUGGUGCAGGCAAGACAACCGUCUUCAAAAUCUUGACAGGGGACAUUACUCUGUCGAGCGGAGAAGCUUAUGUUGGGGGAUAUAACAUCAAACAACAUCUCAAAAAAGUCCAGUCUAUGAUGAGUUACUGCCCCCAGGUUAACGCCCUCCAUGACGGUUUGACCGGAUGUGAGACGCUGUACCUGUACGGCAGGUUGAGGGGGGUUAAAGAGCAGUAUCUAUCUGAAAUCACGGAAAUUAUCCUCGAUUUUAUUACCCUGAGACCACACGAGAACAAAACAACAUCUACUUACAGCGGAGGCAACAAAAGAAAACUGUCGAUGGGAAUAGCGAUAAUCGGUGACCCCCACUUUAUAAUGCUAGACGAGCCGACUGCUGGCAUGGAUCCCAUCUCCAGGAGAAGUCUGUGGCAAUGUCUGCACAUGAUCAGGUCAAUGGAGAGAACCUUGGUGCUGACCUCACACAGCAUGGAGGAAUGCGAAGCGCUGUGUACCAAAAUUGCGAUCCUCAAAAAGGGGCGGCUGAUAAGUCUAGGUAGCACGCAGCACUUGAAGAACAAGUUCGCCCAGGGCUAUACCGUCAUCCUCCACGCCAAACGCCAGGAGGACGGGACCAUCUUUUCCUUAAAACCUGCCGUAGAUUUCCUGAUAUCGUCCAUACCAGGGACCAAGGUUUUCAACGACCAACCAUCUUACUGCCACCUACAAAUUCCAGAAACCGCACGAUUGUCUGAAAUCUUCAGGCUUUCAUUACAUGCCAAGUCGACCUUUGACCUUCAACAUUUCACGGCCCAGCAGACGUCGCUAGAGCAGAUCUUUUUGCUGCUCAUGAAGGACUGAAUAAGUUGGAUGUGAAUACUAUUUUAUUUUAAAAGUUUUGUUUUCAAUCAAACAUGAUGAUAAACCUAUGCUUUAUUUAUUUGACCUUCUAGGUUACUUCCUUGAUCUGGACUCAAACAAGGCCAAUUAUAAUUUAAGGACCGUCACAAUUAUGUUACGUUGUGAAUUAUUUAAGAAAAAACACACAUUGACAAAAACACAUCUUUUACGUUUUUAAAAUAAAAAUUUGUAAUAAUACUAGGAAUAAUUUUAUUUUAAAGGUUUACGCUAAACAAUG